UGUAACUAUGUAAAAAAUAUUGACGUGUAUUGUAAUAUUAUAAAUUAAUUCAUCGUAAACAUAACAUUUUAAGAUUCAUUACACAGCAUUUUUUCGAUGGAAUUGGACCAAGUUGUAGUUUUACACCAUCUUAAAGAGUUAGGGUAUGAAAAUAUUGAAUCUCAUUUACUUCAAAAAUUCAUGAAAGAUUUGAAAAAACUUAUCAAGUAUGAAAAACAAAAAACACUAGUCGAAGAAAAAGUAAAUUUUAAUAAUCAUUUAAAUAAAAAAAUUAAUUUAUUAGAAGAAAAACAAAAUAUUCCGCCAAUUAAAUAUUCUAAAAAUGUUUGCUGUUGUGAAAAAAAAAAAGAAAUUUUUGAAAGGUUGUCACGUCCAAGUUCAAAAACAAAAAUAUGUUCUAAAGCUGUAUCGACAAUAGCUAUUCAAACAGAUUUACAGAAUAAAAAAACGAGAGAAAACAAAUAUUCUCAAAUUUUAAAAAAGAAACAAAUGGAUCCAGUAUCAUUACAUCAGUAUUAUAAAAAUGAGUGGCAGAAUCAUAAAAUGCCAGGUGAAAAUAAUCACAAUGAUCUACGAUGGCAAAUUAGACAGGCUAUGAUACAUAAAUAAAUUUGUUUUCCAUUUAUGUUAAGACAUUUCUAAAUAUUAUUUGACUUACUAUUAAUUUAUAAGU